AUGAGCCCCUGCGGGCGGGCCCGGCGACACACGUCCAGAGGGGCCAUGGCCAUGCUGACUUGGAAGUUCCCGCGUACUCGGCUACCGGUGGGAGCCAGUGCCCUCUGUGUGGUGGUUCUCUGUUGGCUCUAUGUCUUCCCUGUCUACCGGCUACCCAACGAGAAGGAGAUCGUACAAGGGGUGCAGGCACAGCGCACAGCUUGGAGGAGGAACCAGACCGCUGCCAGGCUCUUCAGGAAACAAAUGGAAGACUGUUGCGAUCCUGCCCAUCUCUUUGCUAUGACUAAGAUGAAUUCCCCUAUGGGGAAGAGCCUGUGGUAUGACGGGGAGUUUUUAUACUCAUUCACCAUUGACAAUUCCACCUACUCCCUCUUCCCUCAGGAAACCCCCUUCCAGCUGCCACUGAAGACAUGUGCGGUGGUGGGAAACGGUGGGAUUCUGAAGAUGAGUGGCUGUGGCCGUCAGAUAGAUGAAGCAAAUUUUGUCAUGCGGUGCAAUCUCCCUCCUUUGUCAAGUGAGUACACCCGGGAUGUCGGCUCCAAAACUCAGUUGGUGACAGCUAAUCCCAGCAUAAUUCGCCAAAGGUUUCAAAACCUGCUGUGGUCCAGAAAGAUGUUUGUGGACAGCAUGAAGAUCUACAACCACAGCUAUAUCUACAUGCCUGCUUUCUCUAUGAAGACAGGAACCGAGCCCUCUCUCCGUGUAUAUUACACACUGAAAGAUGUGGGUGCCAAUCAAACAGUGCUUUUUGCUAACCCCAACUUUCUGCGGAGCAUUGGAAAGUUCUGGAAGAGUAGGGGGAUCCAUGCCAAGCGCCUGUCUACAGGACUCUUUCUGGUGAGCGCAGCCUUGGGCCUUUGUGAGGAGGUGGCUAUCUACGGCUUCUGGCCCUUCUCUGUGAAUAUGCACGAGGAGCCCAUUAGUCACCACUACUAUGACAAUGUCUUGCCCUACUCAGGAUUCCAUGCAAUGCCUGAGGAAUUUCUCCAACUCUGGUACCUUCAUAAAAUUGGUGCACUGAGGAUGCAGCUAGGUCCAUGUGAGGAGCCAUCACUCCAGCCCACUUCCUAGGGACCAUAAAAGAAGAAAGAACUGGGUGGGAUAUUUUUGCUAGGUUUUCUAUGUGACUUCCAAAAGGAACGGCCAAAGUGUGUCAUGGAUUGGCAUGAUAGGAGACAAACAGAAACCCAAGCAAAACUUUGCUUCUGAUGUUGGCUUGGAGAACAAUAAGAAAUGAAAUGUUCUGGGGGAAACAUUUUUUAUAGCAUGUUGUGGAUUUGCAACUGGAACAGCACCAAGGCGAUAAUGCUGGCAGAUCACUUGUCUGGGGUUCAUAUCUGGAAAAUGCAACUCAAGGAGCAGAUGAACUCUAAUUGCUGAGGCUGAGGGGCUCAUCGUGGAAGCAUGUGGGAGAUGCUGGGGUAUUGCUGACUGUCAGUGUGCACCAGCAUCACCGUCAUUUUAAAAGACCUGUCUU